CAAUUUUAUCUGUGUCCUUUUCGGAGGAGGAAAAUUGUUAGAAGUGUCGCGGCUUUGGAGAUUAAGUUGUAUAAUAUAUUAAACUACGCCUUAUAACAAGUAGUGAUGUAUUUGUUGAGAACAGGAAUAAGUCGCUAUUCUUUUGUCAGUACUAGAUUCUUUUCAACUUCAUAUUGCGCAUUAAGCUCACCGAAAGUUGCAGUUGUCUUGUCUGGAAAUGGAGUUUAUGAUGGAAGUGAAAUUCAUGAAGCAUCAGCAAUUUUGGUUCAUCUUACAAGAGGAAAUGCCCAGCCAUUAAUCUAUGCUCCAGACGUUGACCAACUUCACGUUAUCAAUCACUGCAAAGGUGAACCUAUGGAGGGCCAGAAGCGGAACGUAAUGGUGGAGUCUGCUCGGAUUGCACGUGGGAAAAUUCAAUCGUUAAAAGAUCUAGUUGCCGAAUCUCAUGAUGCGCUUGUGUUCCCUGGAGGCUUUGGUGCAGCUAAAAAUUUGUCUACUUUUGCUGUUGAUGGAGACAAGUGUAAAGUAAAUCCAGAAGUGGAGCGAAUAAUUAAAGAGUUCCAUGCUGCCAAGAAGCCUAUGGGGUAAUUUGUUUUUUGUUAUUUUAAAAUAGCUAAUA